GAACCAGAUCUACCCCACCCCGCCACAACAUAUAACCCCCCCCUUCCUCUCCUCACCUACCUAGGUCCUCUCUUCCUUUACUUUAUUUCAAGGAGUAAUUAAGGAACACCGCCAAAAUCCUCACCUCAAUCUUUACCCGCCUGUUCGGCACGUCGUCGACUUCUCCUGCCAUCAUGUCCGCUGCGAAGGUUAAGGCUGAGGGGUUGAUUCAGGAGAAUGCUGUCGUGGUCUUCUCCAAAUCCUACUGCCCCUACUGCAAGGCUUCCAAGUCUCUGCUGAAUGAGCUGAACGCGAAGUAUACGACCGUUGAGCUGGACCAGAUUGACGACGGCGCCGCCAUCCAAGACGCCCUCCAGGAAAUCAGCGCCCAGCGCACCGUCCCCAACAUCUUCAUCCAGCAGAAGCAUAUCGGCGGGAACUCCGAUCUGCAGGCGAAGAAGGCGGACCUGCCUGCUUUGUUGAAGGCGGCUGGGGCUGCUUAAAUUAUACUUGGCCUCUGAUUGAUUUUACCAUGCUUGGCUUGGGGUUAGAUUUAUACUAUGCUUGGCCUAGAUUUAACUGGUUAUACGAGUUGAGAGCAUGGCUUUGCUGAGAUAGAAUCAAUAUUGUUACAAGAUUGGACGG